GCAGAUCUUUAACACCAUAGACGCUGAAUUGAGACAUGAUGUACCCCAGCCCAGGGCGACUUGGACGAUCAUCGAAUACAUCACGAACCUCAAGGAAACGCCAACGUCAUGCAGUUGUGCAAUAGGCACCCGGACCGACCGUGUCUUAUGCGCUGUUUGAAGCUGGACUUAUAUUCUGUGAUCGUCGGGGAAUGCCAAGCGAUGCCGGGCAGCCUGCCCGGAGGACGGAAUAUACCUCCAUCCGUUGGCAAAAUACGUUACAGGGUAGACUCAGAAACAUUAUGAUAAGCAAUGGGAGAGCGGCCGUGAGAACUAUGUGGUACAAGCGCAGAUAUACCGCACACGUCGAGAACCCCAUCUGGAGAUACUUGCCCUCGGCGCUAGGCGAAGCUUACGCCAUAUACAUACCGACAAGGGUCUUUGGAUGAUACAGACGACUACUACGGUAGCGCCCCCAGAGGGUUACACGGUUGACUAGCCCAUCUUAGGCAGGAUGGCUCCGUGGCGCGCUCCACGAUCCAGUUUCCUCCGCAUCUGUACGACAAUACGGAUCGUAAGGCUCUCUACUAAACAUCUUGCUUACCGGAGACAAUCCAUGGAGAUCCUGAAAGAGAUUGCGAGCUCGCAUUCGAGUUUCUCUAGAAGCGGAUGGUGUCAGGAGUCUAAUUUGAGACUCUUUGGAACAAAU